ACCGGGCCCGUCGUUUCGACACCCCGAGACGUGUGAAAUAUCCAAAUGCUGACGAGGUGGAAUCGACCACGAGACGAUCGGCCUCGAGCUUCGAGGAGCGCAGUCCUCGAAAGCACCUGCGCGCGAAAUGGAACCAGGAACGGGAAGGGGAUCCCCCAGGAGCGUUGGCCGACCCCGGCACGGAAGAGUUCCUUGUCUGAUAGUGAUCGCCGUCGCUUUCGCGGUCACCCUAGUGGUCGGGGUGCAGGGGAGCCUUCGUUUGCCCUCUAACCUCUCGGAGCGACUCGACGAGUACUGGCACCUGUACAAGAUGGCCUACAACAAAAGCUACACUGGCUCCAAGGAGAAGGCGAGGAGGCUCGCCUGGGAGGAGAACCUUCUCAGGAUCUACGAGCACAACGUGAUGGCAGCCGCGGGUCACCAUGGCUAUACCUUGCGCGACAACCACAUCGCCGACCUCAGCGUCACCCAAUAUAUUCGAGAAAUGGUCAAGCUGAUUCCGAGUCGGAGAAGGCGCCUUGCGGACGACCCGAUGGUCUCAGCGGUGCUGCACGACCCCAGGAAGAUCCCGACUCACCUAGACUGGCGGGAGUUGGGCUUCAGGACGAGGCCAGAGAACCAGAGGGACUGCGGUAGCUGCUACGCCUAUUCCGUCGUGGGCAGCAUCGAAGGCCAAAUCUUCAAGAAAACGGGCCAGGUGAUUCCCUUGAGUGAGCAACAGCUCAUCGACUGCAGCACCGCCACGGGGAACCUCGGCUGCUCGGGAGGCUCCCUCAGGAACACCAUGAGGUACCUGGAGAAGUCAGGAGGACUCAUGGCUUCUGCGACCUACCCCUACAGGGCCGAGCAAGGACGAUGCAAGUCCCAGGAGGAUCUGAUGAUCGUCAACAUCACCUCGUGGGCCAUUUUGCCGGCUCGGAACGAGCGAGCUCUCGAGGCGGCUGUAGCGACGAUCGGCCCCAUCGCAGCCUCCAUCAACGCCAGUCCUCGCACUUUCCAGCUGUACCACAGAGGCAUCUACGACGACCCCCGGUGCAGCCCCAGCACGGUGAACCAUGCCAUGCUGAUAGUGGGGUACACCCCGACGGAAUGGAUCCUGAAGAACUGGUGGGGUGACUCCUGGGGAGAGAACGGUUACAUGAGAUUAGCCAAGAACAAGAACAGGUGCGGCAUAGCCAAUUACGCCGCCUACGCCCGAGUUUAAAAUUCACCCUCGGUACCGCUACGAGAU